UGGCGCUCAACGACCGGCGGCCGAGGCAGGCGAGGUUCGGGGGAUGCUGCUGGGCCGCCCCGGGGCGGAGAAGACGGAGAAGGCGGCGGUCCGGCGGCUCCUGCGAGCUGGAGGGGCGGCCAGAUCCAAAGUAAUGAAGAACUGGGGUGUGAUCGGUGGGAUUGCAGCCGCUCUCGCUGCGAGCAUUUAUGUCUUGUGGGGUCCCAUCACGGAGAGGAAAAAGCGCAGAAAAGGGCUAGCCCCGGGCUUGCUUAACCUGGGCAACACAUGCUUCAUGAACUCUUUGCUCCAAAGCUUGUCUGCAUGUCCGUCUUUGAUCAACUGGCUGGAAGAGUUCACACUUCAGACGGAGGCCAACCAGCCUGCGUCCUCCGGGAACGAGAGUUUGUCCCUGACAUUACUCCGGCUCCUGAAAGCGUUAUCCUGUCAAGAGACCACCGACGAGGACAUCCUGGAUGCAAGCUGCUUGCUGGAGGUCCUGAGGACGUACCGGUGGCAGAUCUCCUCUUUUGAAGAACAGGAUGCUCACGAGCUGUUCCAUGUCUUCACCUCGUCCCUGGAAGAUGAGCGAGAUCGCCAGCCACGGGUCACGACUCUGUUCGACGUGCACUCACUGGAGCAGCCAGAAAUCCCUCACAAGCAAAUACGUUGCAGAAUGAGAGAGUCACCUCAUUCCGUGUCAAAUCACUGGAAGCUGCAGCAUCCUUUCCACGGGAGGCUGACCAGCAACAUGGUUUGCAAACACUGUCGGCAUCAGAGUCCCGUCAGAUACGACACUUUUGACAGCCUUUCCCUGAGCAUCCCUGCCACAAAGUGGGGCCACCCCAUGACACUGGACCACUGCCUCCACCAUUUCAUCUCUUCUGAGUCGGUCAAGGACGUCGUCUGCAACAACUGCACCAAAGUUCAGGCACAGGAGACGGCGAGCGGGCACGUCCUAGAGAACCAGAGAACCACCUUUGUGAAGCAGCUGAAACUGGGGAAGCUGCCGCAGUGCCUCUGCAUCCACCUGCAGAGGCUGAGCUGGUCCAGCCACGGCAUGCCCCUCAAGCGGAACGAGCACGUGCAGUUCAGCGAGUUUCUCGUCAUGGACAUCUACAAGCACCGCUUCCCCGCACAUAAGCCGAACCUGAGGAACCAGCAAGAGGCGUCACCUGACGGAAAGUAUCCAGAUGUGGAACAGCUGGAUGGCAAUAAACCUUCAGUCAUGAAUGGAACCUGCUCCCCAUCGUUGCUGACGUCCCCCAUAAUGUUUCCUUUCACGGCAGUUUCUGACUACGGCUCCCCGGCAUAUCUCUACCGUCUGAUGGCCGUCGUGGUUCACCACGGGGACAUGCAUUCGGGACACUUUGUGACGUACCGCCGCUCCCCGCCUUCUUCCAGAAACCCGCUGGCCGCCAGCAACCAGUGGCUGUGGAUUUCAGACGACAUCGUGCGCAAAAGCACUUUGCAGGAGGUCCUCGCGUCCAGCGCCUACCUGCUCUUUUACGAGCGCAUCCAGUCCAGGCUGCAGCAGCAGCAGCAGAGCAAGGAGCUCCGGGCCGAGGAGUGAGAGAAGCGGAACAGAGGCCCCGCUGACGGGCUCCUCUGAGGAUGCUGCUGCUCCAGGUGGUCCCCUCCCAGGCCUCAAGCAGCAAUCGUCGGCUCCCGCCACCCAAAAUCUGUGCACUAACCUCGUGCUCUUCCACAUGCGUGUCGGCAUUAGAGAAGCGUUCCCGUGUGUUGGUAGAGCUCUCCACUGGUGAAUUCCACACAGCAGCUUCCCCAGGCUACAGUUCUGAUUUUUUUUACCUCUCUUGCUUGUAUUGUGAUGGAACUUGUAUCAGGCCUUGGUGGCGGCGAGAAGAAGAUGCACCUUUUUGACCGUGCCGCGCCCUCUCGGAAAAGAGGGAUGCGGAGCGCCUCUCCGUCCCCAUAGAACUGCCUUAGAGGAAUGCUCCGCAGUCCCAGAUGUGGUGCAGCAACUGGUUCGUCGGUUGCACAGAGGCAGCGCUGAACACAGCAGCACUCUGUGGCCAAGAGGUCCUGGGAGGGCCAGACCACACUUUCUUCUCCUGAGCCUGCCUCUUCUCACUCUCCCCCACCAUCCUCUGCUGCUGCGGCUUCCCUUUUGUUACCCCCCCCCCAAACGGCUCUGUCAUGUCCGUCUGUCCUGCUGGCUCUGCGCCGGCU